AUUUGUAUGAAUUUUCAUUUAAUUCAAAUUUCUUUAAAAUCGGUACUUCUUUGCUAUAACAAGUACAAAUUUAGGUACAUAUUUUAUUAUUUAUAACUCUAAUUUGACACUAAAAUUAUUACUUCAAUAAACUGACCAACAAAAGUUGUAUUUUGAUAUUAAGUUACUUUACAUUUUGUUUACAAUUUAUUCACCAAAAAUUCCCAUGUUCAAAACCAAGAUAAAAACGCUACGAAAAUUAGUUUUAUUUUUAGCGGCUAUUGUCGCAUUAUAUUUUUUCAUUACUUUAAUUAUAUUAAGUAAUAACUCGAAGCAAGUUUCUAACCACAAGAAUAGUACGGGCCAUACAAGUGUAAAUUGGUGCAAGGAAUUGCAUUGGCGGACGCCGCCCCUGCCCUUCGCAAUAGCACUAGCGUCUUAUCCUGGCAGUGGGAACACUUGGCUUAGGUAUCUUUUGCAACAAGUCACUGGAAUUGUUACGGGUUCGGUAUCCUUGGAUUAUAGUCUACGUAAACAAGGAUUUCCCGCUGAAAAUAUAUCUGAUGGCUCAGUACUUGUUGUUAAAACUCAUAAAUACCCACCUAAAAAUGUUAAUAAAUUCGAAUCAGCUAUUUUAUUAAUCAGGAAUCCAAGAGACGCUAUAUUGGCAGAAUUUAAUAGAAUCAAUAGCGGGCACACAGGCAUUGCUCCGAAAUCAGCUUUCGAUAUGAAGGUACGGGCUCCAAGGAGAAAAGUUUGGGUUCCUUUUGUUUCAUUACAAUUGAGAAAAUGGGAAAUUUUUCAUAAUCUGUGGCUAACAAAAUUCCCUGGACCGGUGUACAUAGUUUUUUAUGAGGCGUUAUUGAGUGAUACUAGAAAUACACUUCAAGGAAUACUGAUUUUUUUAAAUAUCACUGUUACUGAGGAUGACAUGAAUUGCGCGCUAUCGAAUAAAGAUGGCCUGUACAAACGCAACAAGAAAUAUAAAGACUUCGAUCCAUUUACCGGUGAUAUGUACAGACAGAUAAAUAUGGUGAAAACAAGGGUAUAUACUAAAAUCAUUGAUUCAACAAAAUGAUCGAUACAAAUAUAGCUUUGAAGGUGAAACUCACGGAAAACCAAACGCUAUUGUAAGAAAUAAUGCGAAGUAAGAAAUUAAAAAAGAAAAUUGCUCUUUAAUGUUUAGACGUCAAUAUAUAUUCCACUUCA